CUGCAGUCAGUCUAAGGUUUUCUUUACCUGUCGCUAAAAUAUUUUAGAAAAUUCUGUCUAAGUACGCUCUGGAGAUUAAAUCUGACAGUCUUGCCAAUAGGAUUAUGCAUGAACAUGUUCAUAUUGAGAAAGUGUUUGGCGUUUCAGCACAGAUAACUGAAAUUUAGUGGCUUUAAAACAGUGGGAGAUAUUACUGGGAAGACAAGAUUUCCAGAUCCCCAGAGACCCUGGAAAUGCGGCAACAUAUUAUUUGAAGAAAGUUUUUCAGGUGAAGUGAAUCUGGAAAGAAACAAUGGCAGCUUUAGAUACUAAAGCAAAAGCGAAGAAAACUCUGGGAACUGUUGAUUAUGUGGAAUCAUCAGAAUUUGCACAAGGAAUUCUGCCUACAAAGAAGGAUGUCAUUCAAAAUAUGUUAUAUUUGCUGCACCCUAAAAGGGCUGGGCAGGCGCAGCGAUCCAAAGAAGAUGCUGCCCAAUUGCUUGCUGAACUUUUGCAAGAACACUGGUUAUUUUGCAAUUUGUACACCAUAGCAACACAUAGCAUAAAAAACCAUAUACUUAAGGUAUAUGAGGAAUUCUCCAAGUUGUAUCAGUCUAGAAAGCGAAGAAAAAAUGAGCUGUUUAUACAGAAAGCGGAUGACUUCAACCGGAGCUCGGAACAGCUUUUUGAUAUAUUUUGUACAGAUACAGUUACAAGAGAGAAACUGGAACAAUACAGUGGUGUGAAGAUGACAGACAUUGAGUGGAAAUUUCUUGAAGAUCAGAGAAGUGAAAGAAAAAUGUACUUUGAGGACUUCAUGGACAAGAAACAAACAGAAACAUUAGAAAGCCGGAGAAAAGUACAGUCACUGGAGCAUUUCAGGAAGAUUGCAGAAGAGGAGAAAGAAACUUGUAAGCGUAAAGGAAUGGCCUCUGGUAGAGAUGAACUGCCAGAUGAAGAAGUCACCAGUAGGAAUAAAGAUGACUCUUCUCUUGAACGCAGCAAGGGAGCUGGAGACUUUUCACAUAAGGCAAAAAGGAAGCGCUUAUCUUCUGGCUGGAUUACUGGGACUGCAACUUCAACUAGCUAUGACGAGUCAGUCCCUCAUGAAUGUCAGCAUCUUCGUAUGAGCAUCAGAAAAGUCAGACCAGGGUUCUAUGAGACUUUUGACAAAUAUGAAAACUGCUAACUUCAUAUAUGAAUUGCUAGAGGAAUUGCUUUUGUUGAAGCUGAAAUGAGUUUGAGGAGGUCUUAAAAUGACCUGAUCAAUUGGAAGUUGAUGUAGAUAUUACGUUGGGCUCCAUAAAUGUACAGCAACAGCACCAAAGCAAUGACACCUGUAGAACUUGGCUUUUAGCUUACUGAGAAGGUUAAGAUGUGGUUUGUUUAGGCCUAUAUUGGUACAUUCACAAGGUAAAAGUGCUAGAUAUUAAAAGGCCAUAGCGCAGUAGAGGAAGGCAGAAGAAGUAACUUGGAAAUGCACAUUAAUCAGUUAAUUUACUUGAGGUCAACUUUACCAUAGAAUCAAGCUAUCUGGAAAGAUAGUUCAUUCUCAGUCACUUGCAGCCCUCAUAUUGAUCUGGAUGCUUCUUUUUUUACCCUGGUAAUGUCUAGAGGCCUGCUAAAAGAGAAAAUGCAGUUUCCUCUGCAAAAAGUAUUCAUGUUGUCCAUUCCGGCCCCACUGUCUCCAUAUCUGGAAGGUUGUGGUUCACUCAGAAAAAAAUGAUAACCAAUCAGAUGGUUAGUAAAAGGAGAAUGUUAUCUUUGACCUUUGUGGCAUAAUAUAGGAUGAUUUUGGGGCUUACAGUCGACUUCUGACUGUGACUCUAUCACAGUAGACUGCACACAUACACCCAUUGUGAAAAUAUAAUUGGUCCUGUCAUUCAGAAGAGCUCUAGUUUAUUGCAAAAAAGCUCAGUAAUUCAUGUUUGAUUUUAAGAAACAACAAUUCACAACUUUGUGAGAUUUGAAGGGUUUUGGCACCUUUCACGACUAGGUGUUUACAGAGGAGAAAAAUUGCUUAGCCUGCCCUUUCAAAUGCCUAGCUCAUAAGAGACUUGUGCAGUUCUGAGAAAAUUCAUUUAUGUGGAAAGAAGAGAAAGAUCAGGGAAUUUACCCAGUGGCUUUAGGUAUAAACGUGAUGACAACUAUUUGUAUAUUUUUUGCAUUAGCAAAUAUCAUUGGUGGCGAAAAGCAAUGUGACGAAGUAGAAUUUGUGAUCAGACACAUGAGAUUUCAAUAUGCAUCAGCAAUGAAACAUAACAUAGAAUGGGAGUGCAUAAAGGCUAUGAAUUCCAAAUGAGUGCAUUAUGAUGUUUGGAAAAGCAGAUGGAUGUAGUGUUGUAAUACCCAUUGCACAGAAGAUAUUAUUUUUAAAGCCUUGGAAGAGACUGUAAUAGUAGGUUGUGUACAUUUUUGUUUCCUGUUCAGCACUAAGCAAAGUCCUGUUUUCUUGCCUUCUAGUUCUUUUUUAAAUAGAUAGGUUCAGAUCCAAACAUACCAUAUGCAUGCUGGUAUAUGCCCAUGUUACACAAUCUGAUGGAUGACUUGGGCAGAAACACAAAUGCACAUGUCCCAUUAAAAAAAGAAAUUAAAAGAUCUGAAAAAUUCAGCAGUAUGCAUGUCCUCCCUAAAUACUAAUGUUUUAAAUGGGUAAAUGUUUCUGAUGUAUAGUAAGAUGUAUAAUAUUGUCAGAAUGGGGAUUUAUGGAUCCAUGGUUCACAGACGUAUGUACAUUGUUUGAUGGGUCUUAGCUGGAUAUGAACUGUCUCUAUUAAACAAUGUGUUUGAGUUAACAUUGGAUGAUGUGAAAGUUCCAUUUACAGUGAUUAAAUGGUUCAUUCAUG